AUGGCGGAUCAGGUGAUGCCAACACAGCCGGCAAAGCAGGAGGCGGAACCGCUGGCUCCACGGGAAGGCGAGGCCACCGAAGGGGAGCCGGAACGCCAGAAGUGGGCCAACAAGGUGGAGUUCAUCCUCUCCUGCAUCGGCAUGUCUGUGGGCCUCGGAAACAUCUGGCGAUUCCCUUACAUGGCCUACGCCAACGGUGGUGCCGCCUUCUUGGUUCCCUACACCGUCCUGAUGAUCACCGUCGGCAAGCCCAUGUACUACCUCGAGCUCGUGCUGGGACAGUUCCAGAGCCUGGGGCAGACGCACGCCUUCAACUGUUUUCCCCUCUCCAAAGGCAUAGGUGUAUGCAUGACGUACGCGUGCUUCUUCAUUUGCCUGUACUUCAACGUGCUGCUCGCGUACGCCCUGGUGUACAUGGUGCACUCGUUCAAGUCGCCGCUUCCCUGGAGCAAGUGCGAUCCCGAGUGGGCCGACAGCAACUGUUUUGUCCGGGACACCGACAUUAGCUGCCGCACCAUAGCGCACGAUCUCUACCGAGUGUUCGGCACCCUUAACGAGAAAGCGAACGACACGGUGACCUUGCACCACAAGGACAUCGAGUUCUACGUGCCCCGAGAUGUCUACGUGAACCUUACGCGGGGCUGCACCAAUGCCACGCAGACGGCGGCCGAGCAGUUCUUCUACCAUAGCGUGCUGAACAUUAGCAGCGGCAUUGACGAGCCGGGCAGGAUUAAAGUCGACCUGACGGUCAGCCUCUUCGUCGCCUGGAUCUUCGUCUGCAUCGCCCUGAUCAAGGGAAUCAAAACGUCAGGAAAGGUCGUGUAUUUCACCGCUCCCGCCCCAUACGUCAUUCUAACCGUGCUGUUGAUUCGAGGAGUCACCCUACCGGGAGCGGGCACGGGCAUCGCCUACCUGUUCAUCCCACAAUGGGAGAAGAUAUUAUCCGGCUUCGUAUGGCAGCAGGCGUGCCAGCAGAUUUUCUACUCGCUCGGUGCCUCGAUGGGUACCAUCAUAUGCUUGGGCAGCUUCAACGACUUUCGCAACGAUCUCCGCCGUGACAUCAUGAUCAUCACGAUGGCCGACUUUUUCUCGAGCAUCGCGGGCGCCAUGGUCGUAUUCGCCGUGCUGGGAAACAUGGCGCACAACCUGGAUCUACCGAUAUCCAGUGUCGCUGAGAAAGGCCACGGCCUCGCCUUCGUGGCGUACCCCGAGGCGGCCAGCUUGAUACCAUGCUCCAACGUGUGGGCUUUCGCCUUCUUCCUCAUGUUGCUCCUGCUCGCCAUCGACAGCCAGUUCGCCAUGUUCGAGUCCUUCUUGGUGCCUCUCAAGGACGAGUUCACAUUCCUCAGGAAAUACCCGGCCACGAUGUCCAUCGUGACUGCGGCCGUCAGUUUCUUGCUGGGUAUCUCCAUGACGACGCAGGGCGGUCUCUACGUGCUCAACCUAAUCGACACGUACAUCGGUGGCAUGAUACUGCCCAUAAUCGCCGUCAUGGAACUGUACACCGUUUGUUGGUUCUACGGCCCGGAAAGGAUCUCAUUGGACGUUGAGUACAUGCUGGGCUCGCCUCCAAGCCUCUUCUUGAAAUUGUGCUGGGUGGCUGUCUGUCCGAUUGCACUGACGCUCAUCGUGGCACGUUCCGUGAUGACGCACAGUCGUACAGAGUCCAAUGGUGUCCUCUAUCCUCUCUGGGCUGACAUCCUCGGAAUUUUCUUUGUUCUCAUUGGUCUGGUGCAAGUUCCCAUUUUCGCGUGCAUCUACGCCAAGAAGAUGAACUUCGACUGGGUGAAGUGUCUGAAGCCGGCACGUGACUGGGGUCCCCGAGACCCGGUCCUGUACGUGGACUACAUCCGUUUCCUCCGACGACGCGGCGUCGACAGAAGCGUCUCCGAGGCGUACGCCGCACGUGUCGAAGCCGAGGAAGACGUCACCAUUGCCUCCUCCACUCAGGGUCUUAUCAUCAGCUCGCCAAGCACCUCACCCAGGAUAGGCUCCAGCGAGAGCCUGCCGUUCUCGUCCGGACCAAGGUUGGAACCGCAGGUUCCUUCUUCGAUUAGGAAGGAUGUCCUUACACAGGAUAGGCCCAGAAGGACCGACGCUGCGACCGAGGUCAGCGUCGUCACCAACACUGGCCCGGCCAAGGACGAUCGCGCAGCCAAGAACGAGAACGAGGACCCUAAGGCGUAG